GUUAGGGUGGUAUUCAACCUUUACUCAGAGUAACGAGUUUGCAGAAUUUCCAUCAUUUCCUAUGGGAACAUUUCUAAUCCAGGCUUUCUCCAUCCAAGCUUUUUGCCUGAAACUGCUGCAGCCAAUCAGCAAAAGCCAAAGAAAGGAAAAACUGAUUUGUCCGAUCUCUCUCCUUACCCCCAUGGUUUCUGCCCAAAAUGGCUACCAUUGACCAGCAAAUCACAAACAACAAUAAGAAUAGAGUGCAGAAACCAUGGACAACCAGUAUGAUUUCAUUAGCACCCCAACUUGCAAUGGAAUUUCAUCUCGUGAGCAGAAAGCCAGCUCCUUAGUGGCUGAAGGCCAUGGUCAACAAAUCUUAAGUGUGCUGCAAAGCUUUAGAGAUCAAAACAACUUUUUUGACUUCAAAAUACUUGUGAAAGAUGAAGUGAUCCCAUGUCACCGUUGCGUAUUGGCAGCAUGUAGUGACUUUUUCAGGGCCAUGUUUGAAGUUAACAUGAAAGAAAGAGAUGAUGGGAGUGUUACUAUUAGUAAUUUAUCACCCAAGGCAGUGAAGGCAUUUCUUGAUUAUGCCUACACUGGAAGAACUCAGAUAACAAAUGAUAACGUAGAAAUGUUAUUUCAGCUUUCAUCCUUCCUUCAAGUUUCCACUCUUUCAAAAGCUUGCAGUGACUUUCUAAUUAAGAACAUUGAUCUUGUCAACUGUUUGCAGCUGUUAUCCAUUUCUGAAAGUUAUGGGUCCACUCAGUUGUUUGACCAUACCCUCGAAUAUGCCCAGCGCCAUUUUUCCAUGCUGCUCCAGUCAAAUGAUUUUCUGGAAAUGAAUUUCGAGAUACUGCUAAAAUGUAUAGAAGCAGAUGAGCUCAAUGUCCCAGAUGAGGAAUCUGUGUUGAAAGCUGUCUUGUGGUGGACGAAACAUAACUUAGAAACAAGACAGAAGCAUCUUCCCCACUUGAUGAAAAAAAUACGGUUACAUCAGUUGUCUGAGGAGACGCUGCAGGAAGUAUUGCACUCUGAAGAACAACUACUUGAAAGCACUGGUUGCUUAGUAAUAAUCAAUGAGGCAAUUAAAAAUGUGCAAACUUUUAGUGGUUUGUUUCCAGACGCUCGCCCUUCAACAACAGAGCAGUACAUACUUGUUCACAAAACUGAGGAAGACGGAGUACAUCGACAUACGUUUUGUUACAAUAUUAAAACCGAUCAAUGGAAAGAACUGAUGCACACGCACAUAACAGAUCUGCCAGGAUCAAGUUUAUCUAGUUAUGGUGAAAAACUAUUUAUAACUGGCGGAUGUGUAGGGAACUGUUUCCGGACAAUUAGACUUCACAUUGCCGAAACGUAUCAUGAUGCCACCGACCAAACUUGGUGUUAUUGUCCAGUGAAGGACAGCUUCUCAUUGAUAUCAGCCAUGAAGAAGCCUAGGACAAUGCAUGCGUCUGUUGUGACCCUAAAUCAACUGUUUGUAAUAGGGGGGAAGACAAGGGCAUCUAAGGAUAUCAAAAGUCUUUUGGAUGUAGAGGCAUACAGUCCUCUCUCUGGGGAAUGGAAAUCUGUGAGUCCCUUACCAAGAGGCAUCUACUAUCCAGAAGCAAGUGCAUGUCAGAAUAUAAUUUAUGUGCUUGGUUCUGAAGUAGAAAUUACUGAUGCCUUUAACCCAUCUCUUGAUUGUUUCUUUAAAUAUAAUGCCGCAACUGAUCAGUGGUCUGAGCUGGUAGCAGAAUUUGGGCAGUUCUUUCACGCCACCUUAAUCAAAGCUGUUCCAGUGAACUGCACAUUGUAUAUCUGUGACCUUUCCACCUACAAGGUGUAUAGUUUUUGCCCAGAGACAUAUGUCUGGAAAGGGGAAGGGUCUUUUGAAUGUGCUGGUUUUAAUGCAGGAGCAGUUGGAAUAGAAGAUAAAAUUUACAUCCUCGGUGGAGAUUAUGCUCCUGAUGAAAUCACUGACGAAGUACAAGUCUACCAUAGCAGUAGGUCUGAAUGGGAGGAGGUUUCACCCAUGCCAAGAGCCCUAACUGAGUUCUAUUGUCAGGUGAUUAAGUUUAAUAAAUAUAGGGACCCAUGGUUGUUUGCAAUAGCAGUGUAGUCCAAUAUAUCAGUUAUAAGAAACCGCACAAGUUUUAUCGUUUUGUUUGCUUUUCAUUGGACAAAAAACCCCAUAUAUUAGAGGCCCAAUCUGCUAACAUGGUUUGCAGCCACUUUUUAUUUUAAUAAGGAGCAGGGCUUGAUUGAAUGUUUGAAUAUAUUCAAACACCUCUUUUUAAAUUUCGGUAGCAAUCCCCCCCCCCCAAAGGAUUGACCACAACUAGAAUCAGAAGCACUGUGAACUCAAGAGUGAUGUAGAUGAUGUGAGGGUUCCCCCCCCCCUUUUCCCCAGUAACACUACAAAAUGUUGAAAAACAAUUUAUGGUAUGAUUUGGGGUCAACUGGUCAAAGAAAAAAAAUGUCAAAAAUUGCAUUGAGCCUAAGUAGCAGUUUACAUCCUGGCCCAAGUUCUCAUAUUAAUGCACUUUUAGGGCCAAAGUGAAUUUGGAUUUUUUUAAAGCUUAAUUUAGCAUUUUUCUCCAUUAGAUAUUAAAUAAAAUGUCAACUAUUUUGAUAAGAACAUUGCACAUAAUUUUCACAAACAACUUUUAUUAACUUGGGCUGCAAAACACCUGGGAGUAUGUUCAUUGAACUCAUAGGACUUACUUUUGAGUAGGCAAAGAACUGCACUCACUGAUAAGACUAAAAUGGCUUAUGUAAAGAUAGUAGUAGUUUGUGGAUUCAGUUGAGUAUUCAGUACCUCAAGUGGUGUAGCUUGUUGAUGUUACUAAUAGGUCCUAAGUUGGCCUGUCAUUUCAAUGCUGUUGGCUGUGCUUUUCUCUUUAUGAUAGCCAUAGAUAACAGGCACAGCCCAAGAAAGUACCUUUAUGCUUAUGUUUGUAGUAGCAAGUGUGCAGCAAAGUUUUUAUUUCCUUUGUCCAAAACAAUAUAGGAAUGUUUUUCUUAUGCUCAUUGCAUCAGGUUAUAUCUCAAGUCAUUCUGAUGUAAAAUCAUAGAGGGGUUAUAAUAGAUCAGUGUAAUUGUACAUGUUGCCUUUUAGGUAGUAUAUGCGCAGCCUGAAGAAUUAGUAACAUAUAAUGUGCCAUCCAUGUUCACAAUACUUUACAUAGUAGAAGGGUACUGCUCCCUGCUUAAAAGAGCUUUCAGUCUAACAUUUAAGAACGUAAGAGCUAGCUAGAUCAGACCAAAGACCCAUUUAAUCCAGUAUCUUGUUCUCAGUCAGAUCAUUGCCUAUGAGAAGCAAACGAGCACAACAGCACUCAUUCCACAAGCAUUGUGACUGGCAGCCAGAUACAGCCUGUCUAAUUCACCUUUAAAACCAUCCAAGUUUAUGGUCAUCACUAUGUCUUGUGGUAGUGAAUUCCAUGGUUUAACACUGCACUGUGUGGAGAAGUAAUACCAUUUGAUGAAGAGGAGACUGCAAAGGAGAAGGGAUAUAAUUUCAAAUUGAACUAGUAUCUACUUUCUAAAGUUAUCAUCCUAAAUGUACUUAAGUGCAAAGAAAUUCUAUUGAAAGCAAGCAACUUCUGUGUAAGAAUUCUAGGAUUAGGCUGCAAAAAGUAUACCCCGUGAAUUAAUUAGGAAGGAAGUAGUAAGUCUAGUUUCGUUAUUUUCUAAGUCACAGUGGUGAUAAACUGCAAAUAGCCUUAAAUGAAUUAGGACACUUCAGAGUAUGCACUUUCAACUUGCUAAGCUAUAUUUAAAUAUAAGAUGAACUUUAAUAAGCAAUAUCAGCAAACAUAAACCCUGUGAACUUUUACUAAUGUCAUUUAAAGAUGCUUCACACAGGGACUUAAAAGUAGUGUAUAGAAUUUAGAGCUGUCAGUAAUAUACACUGGAAACAAGAAUGUUACUUCAGAUAGGUUUCUUUGAUCUCAGUCAUAUUUUAAUAAGUUUAGUAAAUGCUUAUCAACAUUAGACUAAUACCUGAGUAAUUGGUUCCAAUUUCUGCCACUGCUAUGCUUCUGCCGCACCCACCCCACCCCAGGAGAGGCAAAGGCCUAUCUAGUAAAAGAACUUUUUUGUCAAAGGCAUGAGGAUACACUAUAAGGAAUUUAGUGAAUCCAUUAUUCAGCGGGGAGUGGGAGGUGGAAUCUGAAUCUGGAUAGGACUUUAAACACUUUAUUAAUACAUCCUUCACUAUUAGGUCCCGACUAGGAGCUGACACUCAUACAUUCCCCUGAACUGCUUUUUCAAGUCACUGUUAUGCCUUGUCUCCCGUGUCUUGGUGGAGCUAUUGAAACCACUCAAUAUUUCAAAUUACGGCAUUCCAGAAGUGUGAAUUUCCAUGGGGUUCUCAUAUUCUGUUUUUCAUUCAUUUUUCCGCUUGUGCUCAUGCCUUCCUAAGCAGUUAUCCUGUAGAGGCAAAUUUGAACACAUACCUACUUCUGUCACCCAUCUCAUGUACUUACAACACAUUAGAUAUAAGAGAAGGAUAUAGCUAGUUUUCUAAGGCUGCAUUUCUAUGCAUGCUCAGUGGGGCUUAACUCCUGAGAAAACACUUUGUAAGAUGUGUUUGCUUAACAUCUUGCAAAAACUGAACCACAAAACACAAACUAGAGGCCAAAAUAUUAAUUGUACAAAUGCACUUUUAAGGAGUAAGUAUUAUCUAGUAGUCUUACUGGAUGGUGGCCAGGAUCCAAAGAGGUAUUUUAGACAUGCCCAAGAACUUGGGUAAGUCUAGUGGUAUUUUUACUUCCCUCCAACCUUUGAAGAUCAAGAUCUUCAUAACAUAUCAAACUGCUUUAGAAAGUCCCCUCCACUCAAGUUUCAAAAGUAAUUUGCUGUAUGGCAUGGGGAGAUGUAUUGUUCUAGAAACACUAGGGUAUGCUGGACAUGAGAAACUAGUGUUGCAGUUCUUUAGAUCCCAGCCUACAUUAUAAUGUAGAAAGGAGUUGCAUGCCAAUGUAUAUGAACAUAUUUGCACUAAAAAUGUAACCACACCAAAACAGUUCUAUAAUUCUGGUAUUGUAUUAUCAGUAAAGGUAAAAUAUGGCAUGACCUAAUGAACAUUUAAUAUAUGUAAUUUCUUCCUGUGGUCAGUUAAUUGAUUGAACUAUUUGCUAACUGGUCACUAGUUCAAUAGAUGUUAUUUUGCAAUUAUCACAAAUGUCAGUGUCAAAAUGUAAUGCAUUGUUUUUAUACACUGUGUUUUUUAUUUUUACUUUUACUGUACACUUCUCUGCCAAGUCCACUGGAGCAAUCUUGGGUGUGAGAUGGCACCUAUGACCAAGUCUGCUACCUAUAAAGGUAUUGGAAUCAGAA